ACCUUAAAUGAGUCGCCCUAUUGGAAAUGUAUCUGUUCAAUGAAAGUGAAACCCGUUUGUGAGGAGCGUAGAGCCUACAAGAAAUGGCAGGAGCCUAUAGUGAAAUGCUGUUCUAUGAACUUGAGGCUCUUCCAGGAAUUGCUACGGGGCGGGGCUUAGGCUAAUGAAACUUUGUGUAGCCUAUAAAGCAUACAGAGAGGUUGCGAGUUAUACAGUAAACUGUUUGGCUUGGUACGAACUGGAUAUAACUGUGGAACAUGUAUGCCCAGUGGAAUAAGGCUAACUAAUGACUGUGGGAAUAGUAUCACAUCGUAUUUGGAGUUGUACAAAUGAUAAUUCACUGUUUCCCAUCGUGGGAAGAAAGCUUAGAUUUUGGAAGCCUCUCUCCGCACAGAUACAUCUACGAGUAGUGAGACUCACCUGGAAGACGUUAACAAAAGACUAUGGGAGACCACACAGGCUGGUCUUCCAUGUAGGAUGGUAGCACACAGUCCACUGGAAGGUAACACAGGCCCAGCUGAAUGCAGAGUGAGAAUUGAGCCCUCAGUGGCUGACUCCCUGGCUCACCGGCCCCGGUCCUGCCAGCAGACCACCAGGCGGGACGGACAGACACACUUCCGCCCGUUCAAGAGCGAGCAGGACUUUAAAACCAUUACACAGACCACCUCUAUGUUAGAGAACAGUGGCUUCUACUGGGGACCGAUGACCGUGGAGGAAGCCCACCACAAGCUGAAGAGCAAACCCCUGGGGACCUUCCUCAUCCGUGACAGCCGCCAGAAGGACGUCUUUUUCACGCUGAGCUACCGGGCGUCUGCGGGGCCCAUCAGCAUCCGGAUCAACUACCAGGCCGCACGCUUCAGCCUGUCCGGGAGCAAGGAGUCUUUCGAUUCGCUGUUCAAACUGUUGGAAUACUACAUAACCUCGCCCAAGAAGAGCCUGACCCGCCCAUGCAGAAAAGUACAGGUACAGUCUUUGCAGGAGCUGUGCCGCCGGACAAUAGUAGAGGCAUGUGGGGAGCAGCCGGACAUAGACAGUAUUCCUGUCAAUCCCAUCCUCAAAGACUUCUUACACUCAUUUCCCUAUCGACUCUGAAGAUCAUACUGAAUGCAUUAAGCUUGCUGAGCAACAUGGAGGGACUAGCCAUGCUCUGCUGGCCAAAGAGGAGUUGUUAUUAUUUUUGUAGCACAAAUUUGGGACCAGCACAAGAAAAUUGUGUAUGGAAUGUUUACACAACCUGUCAAUGUUUACACUAUUCAAGGAGGGUACUCCUUUUGAAAUUAUUUGCCUGCUAUGCAGGAGUGAGUAUUUCUAGAUAUUUGGAAAAUAAAUAUGAUUAUCAAAGUUUUA